AUGGCGCCAACACUCCACUAUCAUGAACUUGCCGACUCGGUGAUCCUCCGCCGCAGCCUGACAAAUGUCAACCACACCCAAGCUGUCACACUGGGCAUUAUCGCCGUCUAUGUGGUUGUAAUCGCCUUAUUAUGGAACCUGCCCUAUAUUCGAUGGUCCCUCUGGCCGUUCAAAAUGCUGGUUAUAGCCUUCCAUGAAUUUGGGCACGCCAUUACCGCGGUAUGCACCGGUGGCCACGUCAAGUCUAUAUCCCUGGAUCCCCAUGAGGGCGGCGUGACGCACAUGGUCGGAGGUGCGAGUGCCAUCACCUUACCAGCCGGCUAUCUAGGCUCCUCAUUAAUCGGCGCACUGCUGAUAUUCUGUGGCUUCGAUAUCGUGGCCAGCAAAGUCGCGAGUAUCGUGUUGGGCGUGUGUUUCUUGCUCACGCUUUGGUGGGCGCGAAAGGAUAUGUUAACUAUUGUAACCAUCCUGCUGGCGGUGGGACUGUUGGUUGGCUUUUGGUUCAUUGCACAUGCCGAAGCUCUCAGGUUCCUUGUGCUGUUUAUUGGCGUCAUGUCCUGUCUUUACAGCGCAUGGGACAUUUGCGAUGACCUGAUAUUACGAAAAGUCAACACUUCAGAUGCCAGCGUUUUCGCGGAGCGAUAUGGCGGUUCCUCGCAAUGUUGGGGUGUUAUUUGGUCCCUGGUUUCGGUGGCGUUCAUGGCUGUUGCGAUCGUCGCUGGAUUGGCUGCGUUUAAUGAAAGCUUUUCGCAGCAGGAAAGUGAUUCAAGUCAUUUCAUUCCAACGAAGUUUUGA